GGUCCUACGACGGCAUUUACUGUCACUUCCGCCCUUAACCAUCUUUCUCUGAGGGUAAGGUAGACACGAGGCAUGCCUACAGUACUCCUCCGCCGCAAACGGCAACAAAGUCGAUUUCAUUGUCUCUAUAUCGGGCAUCCUCGAGGCUUCGACUUCAGCACCUUGUCCCGAACCACCUACAUCCCCCCCUCUCUCGCCACCCCCUGCCCCUCAUACCGGCAGCCCUCUUGCCCAACUUUAUGCCUCUGGACAUCAGUGCUCGCGCUUGAGGAGGUGAUGCAUGAUCAUGCCGCUCCUCUACCACCCAUCGUCGUUCUGCGAUAUAUGCUACGACACAUAUUCCGACACCGUAGAACCCUAUGUAAUAGGCUGUGGCCAUGUAUUCUGCAAGACCUGCCUGGAAUCGAUACCCAACCAAGCGCCUGCACGAGGGACAGUCAUCUCCAACCCCGUCUGCCCUACAUGUCGAAAGACGUACUGGAGCAACAAGAUCCGCCGCCUCUACGUCGACCUCUACACCGGCGAAAACCAACCCGAAGAACAGCUCGCGCGCGAACAGGCCCUCGACGAGCUCGAGCUCCUCGACAAACUCCUUCACCACUGGGACGAGGACGAGGACGAGCUUCCCCAAGACAUCGUCGCCGAGAUUGAGGCGUGGCUCCAAGUGCGCUCGGGAGAGAAUACGCCCGUAGUGCAGCGGCUCACCUCGUUGUUGCGCAAGUACAAGAAGGUGCGCAAGCGCAGCAAGCAGGAUCGUCAUGAAGCGCGCCGCCUCCGUGACCGCCUUGAGCGGCACGACACGCGGCACCAGCAGGAGGCAGAGAUGGCGACGGGCGUCGAGCGCAGCCUGCAGGAACAGAUCAUCGAGCUGAGAUGCAAGGUCACCGAGUACGAGACGCAAGUGUACAGCCUGCAAAUUGCGCUAGCGGAGCGUCAGCAGGGUCCCCCACCUCCGCCCCCAGUCCCCACUCGACCUAACGAGCCGGCUCUCACUCGAUCUAACACCGAGCCUGCCCUACCUCAGCCUGGCCUCACGCGAACACUCAGCAAUCCCGCCUCCGUACGAUCUAUGCCUUCUGCUUCCUCUUCCUCGCGAACGGCGCCAUCUAUACCCGUACACGCUCCCGCGCCAUCUUCAGGAUACCCUCCAUCCCAGCGGCCGUCUGAAUACCCUCCAUCUGAGCCCUCAGGAUACGCCGCCUCCAUCCACUCCACUCACAACCCAUUACCUCCCCCUCCGGAACCCAUACCACUGGACCAGUACAGAGGUUUCACGCCCGCGGCCCUCCAGGCAUUCCCAGCUGGCGGGCAUGGCUAUCCAACGAGUCAGACCUCGGGUCCGGGAGCGCGGCAGACGCCGGGAAGUACCCGUGCAGGGCAGACGCCAGGCGGCUACCCUACCAGCCAGACGCCUGCUGGUUAUCCUGCAAGCCAGACUCCAGGCUACCCAGCGACCCAACCUCCGGGUGGCUACCCACCGAGUUCCCCAGAUCAUUAUCCAUCGAGCCCUCCGGUUUCUUUUCCACCGAGCCCCCCGGCCCCUUAUCCACCGACUCAGCCCUCCGCUGUCUACCCAGUGAGCAUGACUCCAGGGCCAUCUCGCCAGACUCCAGGGAGUAUACGCUCGGGACAGACUCCAGGAAGCGUGCAUACAGGACAGACUUCAGGGACUACAUACUCGGCGCAAAUUUCUGGAAGCGUACACUCGGGACAAACUCCAGGUAGCACUCGCUCAGGACAGACGCCGGGGAGCAUCCGCUCGGGUCAGACCGCACGGUCCUCGACGCCUCCGGACGGCAUCAUCCCCGGCGCAUCCCCGACCUCGAGGGUGCAUCCAUCGAAGGGGCUGGGUGGGGCGGCGCGGUGCCUAACGCAGGACGCUUCUCCACCGCGCUCGCAUGGGGAAUCCUCGAAUCGGGCGCAUGCCGAAGCGUCCACUCGCGCGCCAACCGAGGGCUCCCACCGUGCACCCGCUGAGGGCUCCCAUCGUCCUGCAGAAUCCUCCAACCGCCCUCCAGGGACCUCUCACCUCGUCCCCGAGUCCUCGCACCGCUCCCGCCGCCACCGGACGACGCGCUCAGAGACGGCUGCGACCGUUCCCCAGCAGCAACCUGCAACCAUGGCUCCUCAGCAGGCUGCUGCGACCAUUCCCCACCAGCCGACACCCAGCUAUGCGUGGGACCCCGCGGCGUUGAAUGAUGCGGCGGCUGCGUUGGCGUCUUCAGCGACAGUGGCAGGACACGCACCGACAGGUUCGACACUGGCGACGGGACAUGUACCGAACGCGCCGACACAAGCAGGACCAAACUACGCUCCACCCCCGACCACGCAUCCCACUGCGCCAUCAGGGCCGAGAAUCUACCCACCACCGAUGGCCGUCUCGACAUCACAGCGUCAAUUUGACCCGAAUGACUUCCUUCUCCCCGCGGCUAUGCAAGGCGGUCCCAAUGGCCAGAGCUUCACCAAUGGUCACGCUCGUACCGAAUCAUACCCUGAUGGGUACAUGCCCUCGGAUGCUUACAUGAACGCGUAUCUGACAUCGUAUGACCAAGCAUACGUUGAAGGCUACCAGCGGCAUGCGGACAGGAUAGCAAACGUGGCCGGUGGUGGCGACCGUGAGCACCGCAGGCGACGGCAUAGGCGCAGCGAGCCAGAGGCGCCGACCCGCGCUCGCGAGGUGUACGCGCAGUCGCAACAAGCACCGUCGACGUCCACACAUAGCACCGACUCCGCCGCUCGCACACCUACCGCGACAUCGAUGACCCUCUCUUCCUCCUCUGGUUCCACGGAAACCGCCCAUCCCGCCCUCCGCCGCAGCGGCACGACGGGGCACGACUCCCUCGCUGCCUCCGGCUCCCGCCGCGCGCUCACGGCGGCAGAGAGGGACGCCCGACGGCGCGCAGCGUUCUCGCAGACCGAUGAGGAGCGCCAGCGUCGCGAGAGACGCGAGCAGCGCGAGAGCAUCACGUCCUCACUCACCAGCUCCGCGCCUUCGUGGACCGGCACCCAGGUCUCCGUCCCCGAGUCGCAAGCCAGCGUCGGGCAGUUCCGGCUCGCCAACUUCCCCACCUCGCCGCCCGAGCUCACGGGCGAGGUGCCGACGGUGAGCCCGCACAUCCCGCCGGCGCUGCUCUUCGUGCCGCCGACCGCCGCGAGCCCCGGGAGCCCGCCGUUGGAGCUUCUGAACAGCCCGACCGGGUCUCCUGCGGACCUCGCCGUGCCCGGGGCCCCGCGGCAGGGGCCGCGCGCGCUGUCGGUGUCGACGGGCGCGUCGAACACGCCGCGCGUGUGGUCGGCGCAGUCGUACGGCUCGCGCGGCUCGGGCGCAUCGCGCGGGUCGGGGCUCAGCAACCUGCUCGGCCUCACGGAGAUGGAGACCGUCAGCUCGGCGGCGCCGCUGAGCAUGCCGACGCCGAGGCAGCCUGCCCCCGCUUUCUUGCGCGCGCUUUCCGAGACUUAUUCGGGAUAAUAAUGUGUUUGUAUAUCGUGCGCGUCAACGCCCCGUCCCUCCAAAACGAGGCCUUUCGGAACCUGACUCUGUGUCUCAAUCAACGAGUACUUACUAAUGCAUCCACCUUGCAGACUGUAGACCAUCUAUCCAUCUUGCAGCAAUUGUGUUGUUCCUCGCUCUCAAUGACUGUAUGUAUUUAUACGUAGUAAUCACGGAUUCUAGGAUGUUGCUCAUACCCUAGCCGUAGUGUUGUCGUCUGUCCAGCUUCUACAUCUAUUUACGUGCCAUCGUUUAAGCAAUCCAUUGUGCUCGGUACCACACAGCUCGGCAAGGGGACGAACCGUGACUUCGGUCUCGUGAACCAUCCUCCAGUAAACUAGAGUCUGGCGCAUCCUGCGCUCGAGCGCCAGCUCGCCGUGCCUCCACCGUGCGGCCGCGUAGGAUAUUGGGCAGCGAGUCAAUCUCGAAGAAGGAAUAGUGUCUUGUUGCAUAGUAGCAUCAUUCGCC